CGACUCAAAGACGAAUCAUUCUUCAAGUAUCCACGCAAGAGUGCAGUCGAAUUUUUUGGUGUGUCCAAUAAAAUAAAAUAAUAAAUUUACUUCAAUUUUAAAGGCAAUUUUCUGCUAAAUUUUACUCAGAAUAACAAUGGCUGACAAACCAAAGCGUCCUCUUUCCGCCUACAUGUUGUGGCUCAACUCUGCCCGCGAAGGUAUCAAGAAGGAACAUCCCGGUAUCAAGGUUACAGAGAUCGCCAAGAAAGGAGGCGAGAUCUGGCGUGGCAUGAAAGACAAGUCUGAGUGGGAAAACAAAGCUGCCAAAUUGAAGGAUGAAUACACCAAGGCCGUACAAGAAUUCGAGAAGAAUGGCGGUGACAAGUCGAGCGGAGGCAAGAAACGAAGCAAGGGAGCAAGCAAGAAACCCGCCAAGAAGAGCAAAAAGAAGGAUUCGGAUGAGGAUGAUGAUGAAGACGAGUCAGAUUAAAUUAAUUAAGGCAACUACGUAAAAUUAUAUCUCUCAUUACACAACUACACAUAUAAUAUGACGGAGUGUACGCGCAUCGCGUUUUCAUACAAGACCAACAAUAUCCUCCAAUAAUCCCCAAACUUCUACAAAAUUACAAAAAAAUAAAAAAACAACAACAACAACCGCCGUAAUAAUUGUCACUAAUAAUAAUAUACAUACAUUUAGUUCGCGUAUUCUACAAAAAAAAAAACAAAAUAAAA